GUCCCCCCUGUAUCUAGUUUCUUCCUCCCAAAGGGUCUUAGGAGCUAACCACUUGUUUGGGGUUGGAUUUUUGCUUUAUUUUGAUUUUGAGGCUUUGGUUUAAAGCAAGCAAAGCCUAUUCAGUUUUAAACACCUGAUAUAUUCAACCAAAAGAAACACCCUUCGGCACAAUCGGUUGCAUGCACUGCAUAUGCCAGUCAAGCUGGAGGGUCCAAAUCUGCUGUGGACAAGGGGAGUUAAUAGGGUCACCUCUGGUCACCGGCUUCAAAACAUCUCCUUUUGGUUGCCAUUUCUCCCAACUGUUCUCUGAAGAUUCAUUUUGGCAGCUUCUAUUAUACCGCUGGGCUUUGUGCCACCCACCCUUGGCAUGGAAUGUGGUCCAGCCGGUUGGAGUUGGCCAUGUGAUCCCGGGUAAAUGCUGGCUUAGAAGCGGAUUGCCACGGUCAAUAUUUGCAGUAGCUGGAGGGAGGGAAGAGCUUUUUUUUUUUAAAUUCUAUUUUCUUUUUCUCCCGGCUUCCCAGCCCCAGCAGCUCAGAUUGACGCAAAAGUUUCUGGAGUUGCUUAAAAUGUUUCUCAAAGUCAAUGGGUGGGUCUUGCUCAGCUCCUUUCCUGCAAAUGUUUCAAGUAUCAAAGAGAGCCGAAGAUGAAGGACAGGCUGGAGGAACUGAGGAGACGCACGUAUGAGAAUGGGGACUCUCUGGACCUGGAGGAGACCUUCUCCUUUGACAACCCUGCUUUUCAAGAAGACGAGAGCAGUCCGAUGAGUAAGGUUCUCCAAGAAAUAAGCAGCCUCUCUUUGGCUCUGAAUAACCUGGAGCAAUGUUCUGAGAACAUCGAUAAGAAGCAACAACAGGUGCUUUGCUGCACCACGGAAGAAAGCAUUAGUGAGGAGAAAAAACAGCUUAGCACCAUGAAGGACAUUUUCACCAAGGAAGCUAAGGCUCUCCAGCCAAGGCUUAAUAGCCUCCAGGAGAGCCUGGCCAAGGACAGCACUAAGAGUCUGGCCAUCAGCCGCAUUCGCUAUAGCCAGUUCUCGGUGUUGGUCAACCGCUACCGUGAGAGCAUCACCCGCCAUUACACCAAGGAAAUCCACUAUGUGGAGAAGCUGAAGGAGCAGAUCCAGAGACAGACGGAAUUGGCCGGCUUGCAUCUCCAAGAGGAGGACAUCAAGCAACUGGUGGAGAGCCAGACAAUGCCACGCAUUGUUGGCCGAGACCUGGAAGUGCUCAAAGCCAAGCAGCACCUCGCCAUGGCCCAGGUGCGCCACCAGCAGCUGCUUGACUUGGAGACCCAGAUCAGUGAGCUCCACUCCCUCUUCUUGCACUUGGAGAUCCUGGUUCUGGAACAACAGGAGGUCCUCGACAGUAUUGAGUACAACAUCCUGCACACCAUUGAUUAUAUUUCCCAGUCCAAUGAGGAAGUCAAGAAAGCCAUCAAAUAUGAGCGCCAUUCCCGGUUGUCCGCCAUCUUGUCGGCACUCCUAGGCCUUUGUGCCUGUUGUACAUGCCUGUCGUGCAUGGCAACUCCAAGUGUGUUGCGCUGAACAAAAAAAGCGAGAGAGAAACUGUUUUUUUCAAGGAGAAAGAGAAACCCUUGACGGCCAAGAACAUCACGGAGCAUUGGAUGUACAUCUGAGAAGAAGUCAGUCUGGAUAAAGGGGGCUGAUGGGUGCUUCCAAAAAGGCAGUUUUUGGCUUGAGUUGAGUGGAAUAUUUUGCUUUUUUGUGUGUGCAAAGCAGAACAAAAAACUUAUUGAAAUAGGACCAUAAGUUCAGCAGAGCUCAGCUUCAUUUUUGCUUCUAGCAGCAUUUGACUCUGCUACUGGAUUGCUGGAAUGCAGGCUGUCAUGAUCCCAUGCCCCAGUUGUAGCUUUUAACAACUAGGAUUCAACUGCCUUCUACGCCAAGAGAUUCUCUUUUCAUCUGGUGAACUGCAAUGAACAGAUCUGUUCUUGUUUUCUGUUUUAGGACUGAGGUUCAUCACUAAAUCAUCAGGGCAACGACAAAGCUGUCGUCUCAUCAGUUCCUGGAAGGUUCACUUGGGCUGCAGGUGAGAAGCCCAAAUUUAUAAUGAAGAACCUUUGACAGUGCUGGAUACGUGAAAGAAAAGUUCCUCUGCACAAGCUCAGAUGCACUCUCCGAUCUUGGAUGCUUUUGUGUGUUCCCAAAAUAAGACCUUGUUUUCCAGAACAGGCCAAGAAUUCAAGAAAGCUGCUUCAAGGCUGUCAUUCAGACAAAGUGUAUUGCAUGGCGUCUAAAUGCUACAGCAAAAUUUUACAAGUGCUGGUUUUAAGCAGAUGACAAAGGACACCCUCGAAGUAAGAAAAUACCUUGAGCUGCGAAACAGGUUCUGUGUCAACACUGUGCUGAUUUCUGACUUCCCUGAAAUGCUGAGGAUUAACACACGUACACAUGUGUUUGUAAAAAAAAUAUUAAAGUAAAAUAAUAUAUUUCCAAUCCAGGAUCCCCUUUUCUUCCUGUUUCUCUCUCCCACCCCCCACCCCACUGUACUGUUUUUGUGCCUAAAAUGUCUUCUAAUAUUCUUGCAGUUUAUCUCCCGUUAAUUUAAGCUAUACUCAUGCGAAGAAGAAACUCGUUUUUUUUUUCCUUGUUGGAAAAUGAGAUCACUGUGUCAUAUUGUACACAACUAAUGAAUGAGUUUGCUGAUUUUAGUUCCUGGAUGUUGUAAUGCAGGGAUUUUAGGUCUUGCUUACAUUUCACCCAAAUAAUUUACAACCGUGUUAUCUCUCACAGUUGGCAUAAUAUGGGGGAUAAAUUAAGAAUGUCAAGGGUUAUGCAAAAGUGAAAGAGUGUGUGUUAUCACAGCUCCUUGGCCAUCUUGCAGAAAGUAAAUCUUUCCCAUUGUUUGCUCUUUUUUUUAAUGAUGUGGUUUUUUUUUGAAAAGCAAAUAGAGGAGAUGAACUAUUUUGGCUUAGAACUGGGGUUCCUAAGGUGGCAGUCUAUUGUGGAUAAAGGAAAAAAAAUGGUAACUGA